GCUCAAAGUGUUCGUGACUUACGACAUCAGGUAAAAGAUGUUAACUCAGUCGGUAAACUUCUUAUCAGGGUGUAGCUAGUCAUUUGUCAGUUUACGCCGGUCCUAGUUCACGCAAGAGUCAUGUUUAGAGCGUUCGCGUGUAUCAUGAAAACACGCAACAUGCUACGAAACAUCUAAUAAUCACGCCUUGCAUGUCAUGGUUAAAAAAUACUCUGGCGGACUUUUUUCCAUGACUACAUAAACAAUGAUUGAAAUGGUCAAUUUCGGAUGAAUUCCCAUGUAAAAAGUAAAUACUACAAACUUUGACCAAGUACAUUUGGAGCACGAGUCAAACUCAGCACCAGUACUUAGUAAACCAUUUGCGUGUGGGGCGAUAAUGAUUAUUUCAAUUAUUGAAGGACUCAUGCAAGUUUUCCGAGAUCGAUAAUGUUUAAAAAAGGAAAACGGCCAAACCCAAAUAGACACUAAUUGAAAGCGGAACGAAAAUGCUAGAGUCACUGAAAUCACGCACGAAACGUGUAAUAGUUGACUUAUAAAAGAUCAUGUACGCCGUCUUCCUUCAUUGUGCUUCCACUUACGCUAAGCUCUCAGCAUACCAACGCGGUGUACUUUCUACAUCACCUGUUUAAGCUAGUCCACCUACAACCAGGAAUAAUGGAGGUGAGGAUCGUAAGGUUGACUUUUUAAGUUUGUCUUUGAAAGCCCUUGUUGAUUUCCACUAUCGUAAACAUAAGUUUAUGCGCGCAAAUAGGUUUAAAAAACAGAUUACUUUAGAUUACUUUAUCACGGUUAUUGUAAUUUGCAGAAAACUUAUUUCGUUCACUGAUCUUUCUCAAAUCAUCAUAUAAGUCGCAGUGUAAAAAUUAGUGCAUUUCAUUUUCAGGUGAGCAAAUUGAAUAAACUAGAGGCAAUGUAUGGAAUUUUGAGUGAACCUUGUUCACGGAUUUUACGUUUAAUACAUGGCCUCUGCUGAUUUUAUUCGCGCGUAACGUUUUUGGUGCACGCUCAUGGAAAUUAUGCAACAGUGGAAAUCCACCCUUAGACGUUUCAUCUUCCUAACCGUGAUUUUUUUUUUGCAUUUUCACAGUCUGCGACUGCCUUUAAGAAUGGAGAUAAGGUUCAGGCAUUUGAUCCUGUGUUGGGACAGUGGCUGAACGGGACUGUUCUUGAUGUGGACAAUGGUGGCAGAGUUUUAAUACACUGGGCAGGCUACACAAGGUACUUUGAUGCGUGGCUGGACGCCUCGGAAGUGCAAAAACCUGAAGGAGAAAGGCCUUUGGAUAGGCGACGUCCAGUGUUGAAAUCAAAUUUUUCAAAACGACAACACCCUAAGCAUCUGCAGAAGGAUGACCUGGUCUGUGUGUGUCACAACCACGAUUGGUCUGAGGCAGAAAUGGUGGCAAAAAACGAUUGCUUCAGAGGAGAGGUGAGACAUUAAGUUUUUCAAAAUCUUAUUUUUUUGUCGGCAGGGUAAAUACAUUUUAACCUAAGUUUAUCUGAAUAGAUUUUUGGAUAACAGAGAGACCCAACUGUGAUCCCAUAUCUCAAAGAUGCUCUUGCGUGACUCGUCAGCCAAUUUUGGUUAUCCUGUAUUUCUUUGCUUGCGCUACCGUGUUGAACGCAAUUGUUGCGUUUUUUCCCUGAUUUUUCCAGCGAUCCGCAAAAAUAAGUUCCCGCAAAUAACUUCAAUUUGCCACACAAAAAUACAGUAAAAGAAACCGUAUCUGUUCAAUUACAACUUGUCUCUUUCGUUCAAAGACAAAGCGGUAUACAACAUUUGAAACGAAUACUGGUUUUACAUCGCAUACCGCAGUAUUGUUAGACUGCUUUCAGUCCGCGUUCUCUCUUAAUAUCCGUGUAGUUCUUAUCUCAUCCAGCGCGAUUGCAAACCACGGCGUAAUUAUUACAAUAAGGGAUUUUUUGACUCGGGAUUACGCCCUCGUUUCUCGCUGCUCGCGGCUUUGUCGCUAGCGCGCUUAGGUUUCGCGUGCAGUAUUCUUAUCAUUGACAUCAGCAUGUCCUGUGUAAGUCUACAGUAUUGUUUGAAAAUAUGUAUCAAUGCUGUCUAAAAAAUUAGUUCCCGGUGUUAGAGCCGCAUUGACUGUUGUCGUGUUUAUGAGAGUCGUUAGCCUUCCAUAUCACAAGUUACACUUCCUUAUAUUUUUGCUUUUAGUCAUUUUUUGGUAUCUUUAUCUCAUCGAUAAAGUUGUGUCCCUGACCGAUUGCUUUCUGGGAGCCACAGGGAAUUAUCAUUUAGAUAAUUCUAUAUUUUUCUAUUGAAAGAUUGAUUGACCUUGCGUGGAGUUCCUCUCGCAAUUUGAUUUAUCAGUAUAUUGCUAUAUUUAAGGUGAUGUUACACGAGACGAUUCGCAAUGACGGUUUUUAGCACAACACAGCGAAUUGUUAAAACAUUGCAACGCGGUGUUGCGCUGAAAAUCGUCCUUGCGAAUCGUCCCGUGUCUAUCACCUUUAUGUACAUUUUCUUAACUUUGAUGAGUAAUAAAAGCAAUUGGCCCAAAUCUUUUUAUACAGUAAUCCAAAUUUGACUUUUGUGCAAAACUUGUGAAAGUGUAUUACAUCGAACGAUUAUCGGUUUUGUCCUCUUGACGAGUCCGUAUAAACCGGGUGCAAAUCUAUACAAAGAAUUUAUUUGCUUUCAACAGGUAACUCUGAAAAGCGGAAAAGUAGCAAAAUAUGAAUACAUAAAAGAAAAGGAGCCUGAAGAAAGUGUUCAUGAAGUGACACGUGAGGAAAACUUUAUAGAUGUGGACACAGCGACCAACAAAGAAAGUGAAUUACCAGACCUAGAUCAUUUAGUGAGUAUCCAUUUAUUAUUUUCCCCAUCAUCUCAACUUAAAACUGUAGGAAGAAACUGUGAAACAAAAGUGGUUGAUUUUUCGUGCAGAAUGUACAUAUUGUAUCAAGACAUUAAAAUUGCGACCGAGUAAGAUGUCAUGCACAUACGAUUUUAAUUUUCAUUUUAACGCGUUUCUUUAUGAUAUAUCACAACACGUUAAGUAUAUGAAAAUGGUAAAAUUCCCCGUAAAUAACUAAUCAAUUUACUUUGUGCCGCCGACCUGUUCAUUCAGAAUCCUUCCGAGGGACAAAUAACAUAUGUUUUCUGCCAUAAUGAGCUCAACAAUAUAAUUUCUCUUACACACUAUGCUGGCGGGGAUUAUAGGAGUUUUCGUUGAAAUCAUUUAAAGUUGAGAAACUCUGCUUUUAGGGUAGUGACGAAGAAACAGUCAAUGAAGACGAAGAAAGCGAGUUUUAUGAUCUGCAGGAUUUGGUGAGUGUACAUGCAAUUUAGUCAAUGUCGGAUUACCUUUUUUUAUAUACAUAGAAGCGAAACAAACUGAGUUCGUUCAUUGAAUCAAUUUUAAUAAUACAGUUGUAUAAAGAAAUGUAUGUGUUCCGGAGCCCCUCUCCCAACCCCCCUUUUUAUCUUCGGUGAUAUUUAUUCCUAUAUAUAAUAGGUGGAUUUUUCCGGUGAAUUAAGCCUUAUUUCACAUUCCUUUGAAUUAUGAUUAUUUUAAUACCCGUACAGGUCUGUACAGGAGUUAAAUGAGCUGUGUAACGAAAUUUCUGACCGAAACCUUAGACGGAAACCUCCACAAAAUUGAGAUGAAACACACAAAUAGCUUCUCAAAACGAUAAAAGAAGUUAUAAGUUCAUGUAACCAAUGUACAGUGUAGUUACAACAAAUACAAAAGGAGGCUCGGGAACUUUCUGCCUAGUUUUCUCAAAGGUCAUUUUUGUUCAGUUUUGUAAGGUUUGAAAUGCUUGUGAAACAUUUUUGUUCAGUGCCGACACGAAGCUUGAAUUUUGUCCAUCGUGAAUAACGACGAGUAUAUUUGUAGUUGGCAAUAAUAUACAAAAAGACUUAGACAGCGAUGACACAACCCCUUUAAAGUGAAAACUGAGUUCUGUGUGAUCCAUUUAACCUAAUGAAAAUCUUUGACUGUCUUGCUGCCUUCAUACAGGACAAAAUGUGGGGCGAGGACGAAAUUGACGACGUUUUGGAAAAGCUGAAGUUUGAGGAUGCUUUAAAAGAAAUUUGUCGCAACCAAGAAAAACUUUUGCAAAAUCAAACCGAGAUUCAACAAUCGUUAACCGCUAUUAAAGAGCUGUUGAACAAGAGACUUCAGAAAAGACAAGAAGCUCUGCAGAUUGCAGCCUUUUCUUCAGUUUCAACCAGGCCCAGUCCAAGAGGUUCAAUGACCCCAGUUUCAAUGGAUUCCACUCCUAUUAUAGUCAGCUGCACGUCGACCCCUGUUAUCACUCCUCCUUCCUCCCAAAGUAUCUCUCUUCCAUGUUCAAACCGUUCUAACUCACAUGGUGUCGAUAAAAAUCCGUGUUUCAGCUUGGAUGAUCGUAAUGACCUUACUUCGUUUAACGCAAGGAAUAAUGAGGACACCCCAAUAGAAAGCACGCCGUCCUCUUUUGCCACCCAAAUCGAGCCCACUUUCUGUGAUUUUACUGCUGGUCCCUCUAGUAGCUCCAGUAGCUCAGUGCAUAUGGAGGAAAAUACAAGUUCUUGCUCUUUGGGGGAACCUUCUAAUCAUUCUAAUCCUCCCAACCUGUUGAAUGAGGGGAACACCCCACUUGCCUCCUACAAUGGGCCAAUUUCCCGUGACCUGAUCAAUUUCGCUGCUGCGAAUUCAACAAAUUGCAAAGGUUUUGUAUUCAAAUUGAUGGAUGGCAUGUUCAACAAAAAAGAGUUGGCCAGUUCUAGUCUGGUUGGGGGUGUCAGAAAGUAUAGAGGAAGUACAUACACUAAACAGGCUCUGUCCCCAGGUAGAAUGAAAAAUAUAUUUAAGGCGGCCAAACUUAGGUUUCCCACUGAAUUUGCAAGGGUGGCAAAUUCCCCCGAAUUUAGAGAUGCCAUCAACAUGAAAUGUCGCAAGACUGUGUUCAAAGAUCAGUAAUCCUUGCUUUAUACGAUCUUGUAAAAAAUGGUGGGGUACAAAUCUAAAUUUUGCUGAAAUUCUAUUGACGAGCCAGUGAAUGCCAAUAGAGCUUGUUUCAGUGCAAGGUUAGGAAACUCUUUUUUUUCUACACUAAUAGACUGCCUAUGCUGUUGCGAAAUUUUAAGAACAUUUUAAGAAUAAGCCUGAUGCUGAGAAUUUUUUUGGGUCUUGAAAUUCUGAAAAAAGGUGCCAUGUGUUUUUAACUAAUCCACCGAGAAAAUAAUUCCUUUCAAUAAACGGAAAGAAUACAGUUUCAAACCCCAAAUACAGUCCAAAGCGGAAAUGCCAUGCAUAAGCUGUAAUAAAAUUUAUAACUAAGAAUAAUUCAAGAAUAUUUUCAACUGAAAACCGACAGAACAAUAAGAAUAUUCAGCGUAUGCCGGUAAAAGAACAUUCUUAUCAUAGAUUAUAUAUAAAAUAAGUGUACUAACUUGCUGUUUAUUUACAAAGUUUAUUCAAACUUGAAGGUGUCACCAGUAUAACUAUGUAAACAUUGCUUUCAAGCUAGUUUUAUAUUUUGUAUUUUGUUUCACUUGCAGUUAAAAGUUUAUCAUAAUUCAAUUCACUUCUGAUGAGCUGAAAAUGAAAACGGCGUUUUCAAGUUGCUUCUGCCUACGUAUCCAAUACGUAUCGCACGUCGCAAGCCGGAUCGUUCGAAGCAGUUUUCUUUCCUUUCUUUAACUCAAGUUAAUAAAUUUUAUGGAAAGCUUUGUUUUAUCUCGUUUCAGAAAAAGAGCGAAAAAUUAGUUGUUUCUUUUAAAAAAUUCGGAGCGUCAACGGAAUGUGCAAUCAACGUAACAAUGAAAGAUCCAGU